CAUUGCAAUGGGACAACAACAACUGAUAAAGAUCAACAAUUAGCAUAGAUGUGUAGAUGACUUUAGCCAAUGGGGUUGCGUCAGUAAAUCUUCACAAUGUGAUUGGUGCCUCAGAAGCCGACGGGACAUCGUGAACAGAUUUAAAAAGACACAACUGUUGCCUCUGGAGGACAGACACUGAGACGGUGAAGGACAGCCAUGGCUCGUCUCACAACUCUUCUCUUUGCCAUGUGGCUUGGUGUGACCGUGAGCACAGUGGUUGAUCUGGAGAAGAGAAUCUACGGAGGUCAAGAGUGUGGACCAAAGGAGCGUCGGUACCAUGUCAAGCUGAUAGCCACCGAUACUAACGGAAAACGGUACCUCUGUGGCGGCUCUCUGAUCAGUGACCAGUGGAUUCUGACUGCAGCUCACUGCUUUAAGCCUGGAUGGACGUUCACCGCAUAUAUAGUCGGAAAUCCUGGUCCUCCUACAGGAGUGCCAAUCAAAGAUCCACCUGAGAUCUACAACGACGGCCAGCAACACGACCUCAUGUUACUGAAGCUGCCUAAAGCAGUAGGUAUCAAACCUGUACGACUUCCCCUCUGUCGAUUUCGUCCCAACAUAGCUGCUUUGGUUCAGGUUGCAGGUCAUGCUUCCACACAAGCUUUCCCAAACAAAACAAGAAUACCUGGUUCUUCACCAACUCUGCAAUGUGCUGAUAUGAACAUCGUCAACUGUCAAGUCCUCAUAAGAAGGAUGAGUGUGACUCAUUACAAAGAACUAAAACAUAAUCAAUGGAUCUGUGCCUUUAGAGAUCGGGUGGAUAUAUGUCCCGGUGACUCUGGUGGAGGAGUGGUGUACAAUCACAGGAUUUAUGGUGUCAUUGCAAGGGGUCAUCCUGAUGUAGUCUGUGGUAUACCAGCUAUAUUCAUGGACCUCUGUCAUCCACCAUACUUGAAGUGGAUCAAGGAUACUAUCAAGAAACCCAAGAGCAAAUGCUGCUUUUCUGGUUAAUGGUGAAAUGUUCAGUUAUUUAACAGAAAUUUCACAUCUAAAUUUACAGUUGAUGUCUUUGUUCAUUAAAUAUUUAACUAUCUUUUGUUAAUUCGUAAAUUAUUUGUUCUAAAUUUGUAUAGGAAAUACAAUUUGUAAAAAUAGACAAUUGUGCAUGUAAAUUCUAUAGAGAGCUUUUGUUAUUUUACAGUCAUUGUGUUGGAAACAAAACUAUAACGGUAGACAUAAUAAUAUUCUGUUCUUCUUUUACCAAUAUUAAAAAGAAAAUUAUAAAUUUGACUUCUUUUCCCAAUGUUCUGUCAACUGAAAUAAAAUGAGUAUCAAUGCA